CAGCCAAAAUAAAGGAAGCAAUCAAAGACAAAGAUGUGGCUCUUACCACGGACGGGUGGACAUCCCUAGCGACAGCAUCCUAUGUUACAGCAACGGCCCAUUGGAUUAAUGAUGACUGGGAAAUGCUUAACAUUGUGCUAAAAACAAAAGAGUUUAAGGUAAGCCACACUGCAGAGAAUGUAGGCGAAUGCAUUCAAGAGAUAUUGGAAGUUUUUGGCCUAGAAAGGGGAUCUGUGAUUGCCAUCACAACGGACAAUGCCACUAAUUACGUCAAUGCAGUGGAGAGACAUCUUCAAACAGUAAAUAUACCAUGUGUGGCGCACACAAUAAACUUGGCUGUGCGUAAAGGGCUCGGGGUCAGAGCCAUUGAAAUCCCCGUUAGUAGGCUGAAAUUGGCGGCCUCACAUUUCAGCAAAUCUUCCGCCGACAGCUAGCUCCUUCGGCAGAAACAACAACUUUUGGGAUUGAAAACUGAGAAGCUGAUUAACGACUGUCCGACGCGAUGGAACAGCACAUAUGAAAUGAUCUGCCGGGCAUCGGAGCAGCAAGCAGCUGUGUCUGCUGUCAUCUUCGAGAAAAAACUGUCAAGAAUGGAGCUGACCACAAGCGAAUGGUCCCUAAUGGAAAAGGUGCAAGAAGUCCUUAAACCAUUUAAAGUGGCAACAGAAGCACUUUCAACUGACAAAUAUCCAACAGCGUCGGCUGUACUGCCUUUAACACAUGUUCUGCUCGCUCAACUGAACAAGCGAACGCCAAACGAAAUAGAACAACCUGCAUUGUCAGAGAUGAAGACAAAGAUCGUCACAGAUCUGGAGAAGCGUUAUAGAGAGGAAAAGGGCGCAAUUAUGCUGCUUAACAAAGCGAGUUACCUGGAUCCACGCUUUCAUCGCCUCGUUCAUUUGAAAGUGGAGCAGAGACGGCAGGUGCAGGUGGCUAUACUGGAGGAGAUGAAACAAGUGAAUGUGACAGGAGGCACAGGCAGUGAGGCCGCUGCCGGACAGCCCCGUGAUCAGCAACCCGCAGAGAAAACUGCGUUAUCUGCUAUGGGGUGUCUCUUCGGAGACACGUAUUGCACAUACAGCCCAGAUCAGGACAUCAGUCUGCUGCUUCAAAAAGAGAUGUCGAUGUGUGAACAAGAGUCUCCAAUACCUGCUCAACAAAAUCCUCUCAUGUGGUGGAAAACUUUGGGCUCUGGGAGAUACCCUCACGUCGCCCAGAUGGCAAAGAAAUAUCUUUCCAUCCCCGGAUCCUCAGUGCGCUCUGAGCGCGUCUUUUCCUCCGCUGGGAAUAUAGUAAAUAAAAAGAGAUCAGCACUGGCCCCUUCAAAUGUGGACUGUCUUGUGUUUUUGGCAAAUAACCUGUAGACCCGACGGUGACAGUGCACUAAAAAGACAAUGGAAUAAAUUGCAGUCAGUUUUUUUUUCUUCCUUUUUUUAAUACAAGCAC